UGCCGUUGUUUUAUUUGUUGCCGCACUAAACGCUAAAUCGUUGUUUUUUUCGUUGUUAAUCUGAGACUGCGCUGCAGCCACAGUCAUGUCGAUGCUGAAGUUGUCGUUCUUGUUGGUCGGCCUCGUGGCUAUCGUUUGCGCCGCUCCUAGUCAGCCGGGCGAUUCCGAUUCUCAACAAAUUGCUACAGAUGCUUUUUUCGGAAUCGGCAGUAUCGCCCCCAAGGAAUCACCGGCCUAUGCAAAAUGUGGUGCCAAAUUCCGCAAAGCCCGAAUAACCGUUAAAACGUACAAGAAGGAAAUCGACUCCGGUUCGGUAUUAUACAACAUGAAGGUUGACAUCGCCGAACCUAGCUCGGGAUCCAGUACAGGACGUACCUACCGCAAUAAGACAUUUAAGGUCUUUAAAGCGCGCACGUCUGGUCAGCUGUUCAUACGGGAAAAUCCAUGCGACAGCCUUUAAAAAAUUGCUUUAUGUGGGACAUUCUGUUAGGUGUUUUAUGCAACCGGGUUUUAAUUGGUUUUAUGGCGUUUACGUUUCUGAUGGCGGGUUGUAAUAAUAUACACCCAUGAGACAAAGCGUUUAAAGAAUUCAUAUCUUCUCGUUCGCAUGUAACUGGCUUCAUGCGCAUUCACAUGGUCGACAGCAACCUGUUUUUUUGUGCAUAGACUACGAAAAAUAGGUGCGCUUGUUAAAUUCGAAGACAGUUCGCAAAAACGUGAAUGAUGAAUCAUCGAUGGCUUUCGGGCCAGUUACGGCAAGUAAUUUCUGUCUUUGGUCUGCCUAUAACCGAUUAAUUUAGUCCAAGCUGCUAAA